UCAUCAGUCUCCGAUAUGUGUCAAAUUCCUCCCCUCAAAACCCCCCCAUAAUAACUACUCCUACUCCAUUUCCAUUCAUUAUCUCCGGCAAAUUUUAACCUCCCAAUAGUGAAGAAUGAUUUGAUGAACCAGAAGAAAAACCUAGAACCCUAAUCCCUUCUCCAAAUUGGAACGAAAAACUUUCAACAUCGUCGUCGUCGUCUCUUUGCUGCAUGAGUUUUCAGGCAAUUCAACGAAAGGAACACCGUUGCUUCAAAACCAAGUUGUUGAAGCAGCAGUCAUGGCUGUGGUUAUCGUUGCUCAGACGACGCCGUCUAAUCUACUUAUUAGUCGCCACUCUCGUUGUUUUCCUCCCUCGCCGCUGCGGUCGCCUCCUCCGUUUCGAGUACGCCAUCGCUUCUCUGCUCGUCGACGGUUGAAUCCUCCCCAAUUCGCUUCGAAAAGGCUGGAAGGUUUCAAUUCAAGAUGUUCAAUUACAAACACUGAAGUCUUCAAUCCAGUUGGCAUUGAAGAAGAAGCUCAAGGAGAAUUUUCAGUUGCCUCUUCAAGCUGCUCAGUCCAAACUGUUGAUAUCCAAUCUGAUAUCCUCAACCUCAAGACUGAAGCUUUGAAUUUACUGGCUGAAGACACUUAUGUUGACACUCUUUUGACAAGCUUGCCCGUCUUAUCAGAGGAGGAGCAGAAUAUUCUCGCUGCAACUCCUGCCCAUCCAGCAGGAUUGCAUGCCUUGUAUGCUAGUUGCAUAGCCGGAAAUCUGGUGGAACAGCUUUGGAAUUUUGCCUGGCCUGUUGCUAUUUCAUUGAUUCAUCCCAGCCUUCUUCCAGUGGCUGUCAUGGGUUUCUUCUCUAAGCUUGCAGUUAUUUUUGGAGGCCCUUUGGUUGGUAAACUUAUGGAUCAUUUCCCCAGAGUACCUGCAUAUAAUUGUUUGUCUAUUGUCCAGGCAGCUGCUCAGCUGUUAUCUGUUGGAAUGAUGAUUCAUGCUCACACCAUUUAUACAUCCGCCACAUCAACGCUUCCCCGUCCUUGGUUUGUUGUAUUAGUAUUAGCAGGAGCCAUUGAGAGGCUGUCUGGAUUGGCUCUAGGGGUUGCUAUGGAACGUGAUUGGGUUGUGCUGCUAGCAGGAACAAAUCGACCGAUUGCUCUUGCACAAGCAAAUGCUGUUCUUAAUAGGAUUGAUCUCCUCUGCGAGAUUGCUGGAGCAUCAUUGUUUGGCAUCCUUCUAUCUAAAUAUGAACCUGUAACCUGCUUGAAUCUUGCUGCUGGCUUGAUAUUAUGGUCAACCCCUGUUGUGGUUGUUCUCACGUGGUUAACCAACGAGCUUUCUAUGGGGGUUCUUAACCGUGCUAAAUCUCCACAAGCAUGUUGCAGAAAUUCCAUGGGUGGACCUCUUAUGGGUACUGAAAAUAUAGUGGAGAUGAGUGUGGAUGCUAUCAGGCACGGGUGGGUUGAGUACAUGCAGCAGCCUGUGCUCCCUGCGAGCCUAGCCUAUGUGCUUCUUUGCUUCAAUGUUGUACUUGCUCCUGGUGGGUUGAUGACUGCUUUCUUAACACAGCAAGGUUUAAAUCCAUCAAUCAUCGGGGGCUUUAGUGGAUUAUGUGCUUUCAUGGGUGUUGCAGCAACAUUUUUAUCUGCAUACAUGGUCCGGAGACUUGGUAUUUUGAAGGCCGGAGCAGUGGGUUUGGUAUUACAGGCUUUUCUUCUUACCAUUGCUGUUGCUGUGUAUUGGAGUGGAUCUCUUACUCGGCAGACUCCUCUUCUAUUCUUCUUGUGUUUGAUUGUAUUGUCCAGAUUGGGACAUAUGUCAUAUGACGUCGUAGGGGCGCAGAUUCUUCAAACUGGGAUCCCAGAGUCCAAAGCUAAUCUCAUCGGGACAACAGAGGUUUCUAUUGCAAGUCUAGCGGAGUCUGUACUAUUAGGAGUUGCAAUAAUUGCCAAUGAUGUUUCACAUUUCGGAUCUCUCGCGAUGCUAUCGCUUUUAUCAGUGAUUGCUGCAGCAUUGUUGUUUUGCCGAUGGCUGGGUAAUCCUUCAGAUGCACAAAGAAGCCUUUUCAAUUUUGAUCCUCAGUUUUGAAUACACAUUUGCACACGUAUUUAUCUGAACAUACACUGACCGAAGAAAGGAUAUUGUUAACUUGCAUUUUCCAAUGUCCGUACUUAUUUCGAUUCUAAAAGUGGCCCGAGUUACAUUUUCUCGGUUCAUUUCGUCGCAUGCUGCUGCAAUGGACAGGGCUUCCCCAAAAAAAUCAUAUUCUGAUGAUACUACAGUAUGUCAACACUAGAAUGGAAAAUCUUGUAUCCAUGGAACCUUGUUUACCGGUAUACCCAUCACAGAAGUAAACAGUUGUAUGAUCUUAGUCCCAACAAUUGUCCCAGUUGUACAAAGGAUUGAGCACACUAUCCUGCAAUUAUUCAUUUGUUUCCAGGCAAAUACAGUUUGAGUUGAA